AUGGUGUUGCUUAUAGUAGUCGGCCUGGCUGGGCUGGCUGCUCUCUAUAUGUGGCGUGUUAACUGUGCCAUGAAAGUAGUUCCCGAGGAGGCACAGAAACUAUCACCUCAUCGCUGGACAGUCGAAGAAAUCAAAGCUGCCUACAAAAGGAGCCUGGAGACACCCAUCGAUGUGACCAAGAGCCUGCCACCAAAACAAUCCCGACGAUAUGUGAUCGUAGGCGGAACUGGUCUAGUUGGCGCUUGGAUAGUCUCACAUCUCCUUGCACGGGGCGAAGACCCCAAGGCCAUCCGCAUUCUAGACCUAAACUCCCCAGAGCAGGACAUCCUCAACAAAGACGUGAGCUGGAUUAGAACCAAUAUCACCGACGAGCUGGCAGUAACAAGAGCAUUUGAAGAGCCAUGGACUGCCAAUGUCACCAACCUGCCCCUGACGGUCUACCACACUGCAGCCAUAAUCCGAGCUCAAGACCGACUCAAGAGCUUCCUACCACUCAGCAGCAAAGUCAACAUCGACGGCACAAAGAAUGUCCUGAACGCUGCAAAAGCUGCCGGCGCCACAGCCUUCAUCUGGACAUCAUCAGGCUCCAUCGCCCUGCACCAGCCAACCUUCUGGAUUGCGCCGUGGGCAACCGAGCCCAAGCGCGCAGUUCAAGUAAUCAGCGACAGCACCAAACUCCCCGAAUCUCACAACCAAUUCUUCAGCAACUACGCCGUAACAAAAACAGAAGCGGAGUGCCUCGUCCGCGAAGCAGAUGACCCAGCAACAAACUUCCGCACAGGCUGCAUCCGCCCUAUAAACGGCGUCUAUGGCACAGGCGGCCAAGCCAAUAAUGUCAUGACGGGCGUUUACCUCCGUAACGGCGGUAGUGCAACCUGGGCUCGCCCAAUUCUGCAGAGCUUCGUGCACGCUGAGAAUGUAUCGCUUGCACACCUCUUGUACGAACAGUGUUUGAUCCAGCAAAGCGAGCCUGGGUCGCAACUCCCGAAUACAGGUGGCCAGGCGUUCACCGUUAGCGACCCCAACCCAGCGAUCGCAUUUGGUGAUUUGUACACAUUGCUCUCGACGUUGUCCAAAACGCCGGUUUCGUUUCCGGAUGUGCAGCCUGCUCCGUUGCUGAUGAUGGCGUAUUUUAUUGAGAUGUAUACUUUCUUGCAGUAUAGAUAUCUCUCUUGGUUGCCGAAGUUGUCGGGAGAUAUUGGGCAGCUUCAGCCGUCGCUGUUUUCCAUUAUCAAUGUUCAUGUGUUUGCUGAUGAUUCACGCGCGAAGCUGGCACCUGAGAUGGGUGGGUUAGGGUAUAACCCACCUUUGAGCACUCUUGAUGGUCUGUGUCGGCGGCUUGUGGAUUGGAAUAGGAAAGCUGAGGGACAGGGUGUUGAGACAAUGGGGAAGAAGAAGGGUUUGGGCCUCGUGACGGUGUCGGAAAGUGUUGGUGUGGUUGCGCCGCGGGUGGUGUGA